AUGUCGGUAGUCCUUCCCUGGGUAAUCCGCGGAGGAUACCCAAACCCUAACACCUUCAGUACGGUACUCCAGCGAUGCACGCCUUGGAGAAAACUACAAGCUACGCGAGGGGUGGUAGUCGCCCCUGCAAAACCUAUACAGAGCACUGCGAGGCCGAGUUUGUGCAAUGUUCGCUUUAGUAGCACCACUACCGCUGUAUCCGAGAAAAAUUCUGUAGAUGCAAGACGCCUCUACGAUCUGUCGAUUCAGCUUUCGCAGCGACCCGUGAACGGCAACUCGCCGAUGCAGUAUACACGGUAUGCCUGCAACGGAGUAGCGCCUGUCGUCGGCCAGUCGACAAAACUUGAUAUUGCCAACAGUUACGGCCUCAGUACGCGAGAUCUACACGUCUUCGACCUGCCGUCUGAUGGCUUCUCACACAUUCUGGUCCGCGAGAAUACAAUCUUGGUGCAUCUGUUUGAUUUGCGUCUUUUGGUUCAACAUGACCAUGCGUUGCUUUUUAAUGUGACGGAAUCCACCUCUAACGACUCGUACAACAGCCAGUAUUUGAACGGUGACAGAACACAGAAAGAGAGUCUAUCCAAUAGCAACACUGUGUCGCGCGUUUUCAGGCACAACCUCGAAGGAAAGGCAUACAGUGACGAUGAGCAUGCCACCCUGUUGACUGGACAGCCCUAUGAACUACGCGUUGUCGAGGCGGCACUUGCGUCUGUGGCAUCGGUUCUUAGGGCAGAGUAUGUUUUGACCGAUCAACAAGUCUCAGAUUCUUUGAAAAUGAGCGAUCUGAGCAUAUUAGACGCAGAUGAAAGUCUUGUUCAUACCGAGCUGAAUCUGAUCCUCGAUCUGACGCGUAAGAUCUCUGGAAUAAAACAGCGUUCGUCCCAGGUUCGAGAUAUAGCGCAAGAACUGCUGAACGAAGAUGAAGACAUGGCCAACAUGCAUCUGACUGAUAAACACGCUGGCAAGCCUCACGCGGCGCAAGAUCACCAGGAUGUCGAGUAUUUAUUCGAAGCAUACUUCAAGGCAACGGAAGCCGUGGUCCAGGAUGCGACGAUUUUGAUGAAAAAUAUUCAGCGGACGGAAGAAACUAUCAAGUCAUCUCUUAGUGUGCGACGGAAUCAGCUCAUGCUGUUAGAAGUAAAGAUUGAGAUUUUGAUGCUUGCACUGGCAGGAGCAACCCUUAUUGCGGGCUGGUAUGGCAUGAACGUGGUCAACUAUUUAGAGGGGGAUAAAAACGCCUUUGCUGCCAUACUGGUCGUAUCUUUGACGACCAUAUUCUCUGCUUCAUGGUAUGGGAUGCGGAAGUUGCAGCGCAUUCGUGGUUUGCGACUAUAA